CAGAACUCAAGGCCGCCAUUUCCGCGUUUCAAGCCCGACGGAGCGCGUCUAGAGCCCACAGGCCUGCCCCGGAGCGCGCAAGCCCACACGCACGCGCCGCCCACGUCUAGCUUGCCAAUCCGGAGGCGAUCAGUUCCAAUAAUGCCCCGGAAGGCAGCCAGUGAAGAGGAGGCGGCCGGGGAGCCGGGCCCUGAGGAGAUGGAGGCUGGGCGGCCGCGGCCGGUGCUGCGCUCGGUGAACUCGCGCGAGCCCUCUCAGGUCAUCUUCUGCAACCGCAGCCCACGCGUCGUGCUGCCCUUGUGGCUCAACUUCGACGGCGAGCCUCAGCCCUACCCGACGCUGCCACCGGGCACCGGGCGCCGCAUCCACAGCUACCGAGGUCAUCUUUGGCUCUUCAGGGAUGCGGGGACCCAUGAUGGACUCCUGGUUAACCAAACGGAAUUGUUUGUGCCGUCCCUCAAUGUGGAUGGACAGCCUAUUUUUGCCAACAUCACACUGCCAGUGUAUACCCUGAAAGAGCGGUGCCUUCAGGUUGUGCGAAGCCUGGUCAAGCCCGAGAACUACAGGAGGCUGGACAUCGUCAGGUCGCUCUAUGAAGAUUUGGAAGACCACCCAAAUGUGCAGAAGGACAUACAGCGGCUGACCCAAGAGCACUUUGAAAAUCAGCCCCUGGGAGAGGAGCCUGAAGGAGUCCAUUGAGAUUAGUGGUCCUGAACUCCAGCUUUGAUGGUUCUGAGUCUUAAUCCACACAUAGGACAGGUCACUUUCUUUCCAUGUUAAAAUGUUUCAUUCUCGGAGUAAAAUACACUCCAUUGUGUAAAAGAAAGUUAACUAAUGUCA